AUGGCGACAAUGGAAACGAUCGUAUCAGUAUUACAUCGAUGGCAAGGGAAUCACGAAUCCUUCUUGGAAACAGUUCCGUUACUUCAUUUAGCAGGUAUGGAAGUGCAAGAUAUUUACGAAUAUCUCCCAGAUCCUAGACCACUGAAUACUGACGAGGAUAACGAGUAUGUGCUGUGUGUGCAAAAGUUGGAUGCACAUUUUCGAGGCGAGGACAAUGUACCGUACGAGAGUCAUGUAUUUCGUCAACUUACGCCGACAAAGGGAGAGACCGCCGAUAUGUUUAUGGCUCGUUUACGUAAACAAGCUCGUCAUUGUAAUUUUGGUCCAACUUUGGAGGAAAAUUUGCGGGAUGAAUUGAUUGAAAAGUUGCCUUAUGUUGAGCUAAAGAAGAAGCUAUUGGAAGUCGUUAAUAUUACUCUGGAGGCAGCAGUGGAUAAAGUUCAAAAGUGGGAAGCCUCACGCGAGCAGGCAAGUCAAAUGGUCAUGCCAAGCCAAGAACCUGGAGCAGGUACUCAUGCAGUUAAAGAACGUCCUGGGCGUGGAGACAAAGGGAAAAGCAGCUGUUUCAACUGUGGAAAAGAAGGUCAUUUUUCCGAAAGUAAAAACUGUCCACACCGAGGUCGCAAGUGUAGCAAGUGUCGUAAAUAUGGUCACUAUGCAAGCUGUUGCAAAGGCGGAAGGAACUUGAAGCCUGGAAAAGAAGGUAACACCCAACAACGGGGAGGCAGGCAGCAGCGUCAUGGUAAGGGGAAACAGGCCAAUCAUGUUGAGGGUCAUUGUAACGAGUCAGGUGAGGAUGACAGUUUUGCUUUUACUAUAGAAGAACAGUCAUGCACUAUGUCAAGUUCCGCUGAGCCCGUUAUCUCAGUGAAGAUUGGUGGAAUCAACAGAGAUGUGCUGAUUGAUUCAGGUUCUGCAAGUUCUGCAAGUAACCUCAUUAGUAAAGAUACACUGCAGGAACUUAAGUAUCAGGGGCUCAAGAUUGAAUUAAAACCUUGUCUGAAGAGAUUGUAUGCUUAUGGGGGUCGAGAACUUAAAAUUGAGGGCCAGUUUCAGACAGAAGUUUCCGUACCCAAAGCAAAGGUUGUGGCAGAUUUCAUUGUUGUUGAAUCCGGGCGUUGUUUGCUGGGAUAUUCGUCCGCCACAGAUCUUGGAAUCCUUCGUGUGGAUCUCUCGGGAACUCUUGGGACAGGAGACUGUAACACUGUUGAUGGUACCUUCGUGGGAGGACUCAAAGCAAAAUACCCCAGUGUAUUCCAGGGAAUUGGAAAGCUUAAAGAUUAUCAGUUGAAGCUACACAUUGACCCCAGUGUAACUCCAGUCGUUCAAAAAAUGCGACGAGUACCUUUUUCUGUAAAGGACAAAGUAACUGCCAAGGUUAACGAACUCCUUGAAAAGGACAUAAUUGAGAAAGUCGAGGGGCCGACGGUGUGGGUAAGCCCAGUCGUUGUUGCUCCUAAACCGUCCGGAGACAUAAGGUUGUGUGUCGACAUGCGGAGAGCCAACGAGGCCAUUAUUCGGGAAAGAUUGCCCAUACCAACCAUAGAUGAAGUCCUUGAAAGUCUUAAUGGGAGUGGUGUUUUCUCGAAGUUAGAUUUAAGGUGGGGUUUUCACCAAAUUGAGCUGGAUCCUGAUUCAAGGGAUAUCACUGCUUUUACCACCCAUGAUGGUAUAUUCCGCUACAAACGUUUGAGUUUCGGUGUAAAUGCCGCACCAGAGAAGUACCAGCAUAUCAUCACCCAGUCAAUGGCAGGUCUACAAGGGGUGUCAAACAUAGCAGAUGAUCUUAUCGUUCAUGGUCGAGACACUGAAGAACAUGAUAAGAACUUACACAGUGUGUUGCAACGUCUUAGUGAGAAGCAGCUGACUUUGAAUGCUAAAAAUUGCUCCUUCCGAAUGACUAAAGUGGUAUUCAUGAGUCUUUUGCUUAGCAAGCAUGGUAUCGGCCCAACGAAGGAAAAGAUUGAACAAGUCUCAGCACAAGACCCUGAGCUGCAAGCACUCAGGAAUUGCCUCAUCGAAGGGAAAUGGGACAAUGCCCCAAAGCAGUAUUUGCCAGUGCGCAAUGAGUUGACUUUUAUUGGGCAUGUAAUUGUCCGGGGGACAAGAAUUGUUAUACCUCAAGCACUUCGCAAGAGAGUCGUCCGUUUGGCACACGAGGGGCACCAAGGAGUCAUAAAGACAAAGGAGAGACUUAGAACAAAGGUCUGGUGGCCUGCUAUGGAUCGUGGUGCCGAGAAAAGAUGUGAAUGUUACGGGUGCCUGAUGGUAACCGAGAACGUUCCACCCCCACCAUUGAAAUCAACACCAUUAGCCAACCAACCAUGGGAAGAAGCAGCUGUGGAUCUAAUGGGUCCGUUACCUUCUGGAGAACAUUUGUUAGUUCUCAUUGAUUAUUGCCGUGCGUGGAUAGAAGUUGAUUUUAUCCGAACAACUUCCAGCAAAACCAUCAUUCAUUGCUUGGAGGCCCAAUUUGCAAGACAUGGGUUGCCUAAAGGUCUGCGUACAGACAAUGGCUCAAAUCUUGAAUCUAAAGAAGUAGAAGAUUACCUGAAUGAAGAGGGGAUCGACACCGUUACUCAAAAGCUCUCCCUGGCCAAAAGCUAA